UAACUAUAUAUAUAUAGGCGACACCAACCUUUGUGCCUCUAUACCUUAAUAUUUCAAAUACUCAGAGGAAGUAAUCUCUCCAAUCUUCAAUUAUAUACAUUAUCCACAUUCCUAGCUUUAUCCAUAUCCACUGAAUACUCAUUAGAUUUCCCUCUCUCUUCCUCUACAUAACUGUGUCACAUCUUAGAUCUCCUUCACAAAUGGGUCUCAGAGACAUUGGUGCUUCACUGCCUCCUGGCUUUCGCUUUUAUCCCAGUGACGAGGAAUUGGUCUGCCAUUACCUCUACAAAAAGAUCGCAAAUGAGGAACUUCUCAAGGGUACCUUGGUGGAAAUCGACCUCCAUAUAUGUGAACCGUGGCAACUUCCAGAGGUGGCGAAGCUGAAUGCGAACGAGUGGUACUUCUUCAGCUUCCGGGACCGCAAAUACGCGACGGGGUUUCGAACAAACCGGGCAACAACUUCAGGGUAUUGGAAAGCAACAGGAAAAGAUCGAACGGUGGUAGAUCCGACCACGCAAGAGGUUGUAGGGAUGAGGAAAACGUUGGUGUUCUACAGGAACAGAGCUCCAAAUGGCAUCAAAACUGGGUGGAUCAUGCAUGAGUUCCGCUUGGAGACCCCACACAUGCCUCCAAAGGAGGACUGGGUGCUGUGUAGAGUCUUCCACAAAAGCAAAGAAGAUAACAGUUCGAAACUCAUGUACGAUUAUGAUACAACACCUCAAUCCCUAACCAUGGCGUCGUCAUCUCCCACCAUGAACAGAUUUUCCACCUCUUUCCCUUCCUCCAUGCCAUUGCCAGCCAACCACCACCAUCAUCACCAUUUCAACACAAGCCAAAACUCUUCUUUCAUGGAUCUUCUUCACUUCUCUCGAGACACCAACACCAACAACACCAUCGUUACUCAAAUUACUUCCAAAGGUGAUGAUGGAUAUGGUUUCUUAUGGGACAUGGAUUUGGAAGAAAAUAGCUUACAAGAUGGCGUGGCUUCAAACUUGGAUGCAAUAACCUUCGAGGUUGAUAAUAAUAAUAGCAAUGAAAACAAUAUGGUAUUCCUAUAGUUAAGGAUGAGUCAUAUCGUGUGUACAUAUAUGUGGUUCAUAUGUCGGAAACUGUCAAGAUUCGUUUAUUUGUGAUGUAUUUAUGGUGUUUCGGUCUGAGGAACAAGUCACAUGAUAGAUUGGGUGGGAUUAGUUGUUACAACAGGGUUUGUGGUAUAUUGUUCAAGUAGUAGGGUAUAAUACUGUGGUCCAUUAGGUUCUUUUCCUAUUAUUAUUUACUUUUAUUACUUUAGGAACUAUUAAUGAUAUGUAUACAGCUUGUAAUGUAAUUAGCAUUGGUUAUAUAUAUUUUACCUUCUUUUAA